CUAUCAAGGGACGUAACUGUAUUACUGCAUCCGGACAUUUUCACGCGCGAGAAAUUUAUUUCGGUAACUCUCAUUUAUUGUUUUAAAAGGUAGAAUGGGACCAAAACCUAAGUUUCAGGAUAACGAAAAGGUGUUGUGUUUUCAUGGUCCUUUGCUUUAUGAAGCAAAGUGUGUUAAGACUGAAGUAAAGGACAGGGUGCAAAAUUACUUUGUCCAUUACAACGGAUGGAACAAGAACUGGGAUGAAUGGGUUCCAGAAACAAGAAUUUUGAAACUCAAUGAUGCAGGUUUACAAAAACAAAAAGAAUGCUUAGCAGCCCUGAAAGCACAGAGGGCAAAAGAGAGGGAAAAAGCAAGGGAGGCAAAGGAAAGUGGCCAACCAUUGCCAACAAAGAAAGACAAGAAAAAAGAGAAAGAAUCUAAAGAUAGGUCUGCAACCCCAACUGUAGAUCAAUCCAAAAGUAAGCAGAAAGAAACUGAUAAGGAAAAAAGUACUCCAAGCCAGACCACUGGAAAGGCGAAGCUGCGAGAAAAGGUGCAGCAAGAGGUAGAGAAAGAGACACGUUCCUCAACACCAACCCUGUCAACAGGCACUAAAAGGCAAAAAGAAAAAGAAGCUGUUGUUGAGAAAGAUCGGUCUUCUCGCUCGUCCACUCCAACCACAGUACAGACAUCUAAGACACGCCAGAAAAGUGAGAGAGUUGUCGCUGCUGCAGCACAGUCACAACAACAAAGUUCCCAAGAAUCAACAGGUGCAUCAACACCAACCUCCCAGGUGUCAACUGAGCAGAAACGUAAACGCGCUCGUCUCGAUCCAACAAUAGAAUCAGAAGAGUCAUAUCUGACAAAAAUUGAGGUCAAAGUUAAAAUACCAGAUGAAUUAAAACCUUGGUUAGUGGAUGACUGGGAUCUUGUAACUAGACAAAAUCAGCUUGUGUCAUUACCUUGUAAACACACUGUGGACAGUAUUCUAGAUGAUUAUCUAAGACUAAAACUAACUAAACCAAAUCAUCCCAACAAAGACACUAUAAUUGAAGUGAACAAUGGAAUAAGGGAAUACUUUAAUGUGAUGUUGGGAACACAAUUAUUGUACAAGUUUGAGAGACCACAAUAUGGACAG